UCAGCGGCUCUAGUGGUAGUUCUUUGAAACAUGAAACUCCUGAAUUAAUGGCGACGUCUAGCGUUGUCGUGUUCAGUGUGAAAAAAUAAUGUUUUCCGGAGCCGUACUCCGAUCGUGUACGGAAAAGUGUUAACGAAAGUAAAAACAAACGUGGUCGAAUUCUGUGUGAAAGUAAAAGAGUAGUCGCGAUAAUGGACCAGGCACCUGCAGAUACAGAGUUACGGAACAUCAUAGACAAACUAGCACAGUUUGUGGCUCGCAAUGGACCAGAGUUCGAGCAGAUGACGAAAAACAAGCAGAAGGACAACCCAAAGUUUGGUUUCCUGUUUGGUGGAGAGCACUUCAACUACUAUCAAUACAAAGUGACUACAGAGCAAGCCAUUUUAAAGCAAAAAGGAAUAAAUCCAAUGCAAAAUGCAGACCCACGUUUAAACGUUUCGCAGCAGCAGCAAACAGCCGCUACCGUCGCGCAGCCACUGAAUAACGUCAAUCUUGCACCUGGCCUAAGUACUCAAAACAAUGGAUUAAACCCAGUUGUGGGGAUUGGACCAGUGGGAAAUCAAGGUGGUCCCGUUAUACCUGGAGUACCAGGACAAAUUGGAGGGCCAGGAAAUGCAGGACCACCGAUUGGACCAGUCCCUGGUGCUAUGGGAGGUGUGAAUCCACCCAUUGCUGGUGUUACUCAACCGGUUAACAUUGGAGGACCCCCUGGAUGGCUUCAAAAUGAGUUAGCAAAUCUUCAGUCACAGCAAACCACACUACAGGAACAAGUUAGACAAUCAGAACAAAAUCUGGCUGCGCAACAUGCUGCAUUGAUGGCACAACAACAAGGAAGGGUUGAGGAUGCUGUGAGACAAGCUCAAGAAACAGCUUUACAAAAUAGUGCACAAAGCACAAACACAGAUCUUGUUGCAUUUGAUGCAGUGUUACAGCCUAUCAUUGAUAGCUGCACAAAAGAUAGCAUAAGUGCAGGGAAAGCCUGGAUACUUCAAAAUUCGGUUACACCGCAAAGCAAUCAAGUGGUUGCGGAUCAUUUGCUGAAAAAAGUAAUUCAGGCAACGAAUUUUAGUCAUAAACUCCAUAUUAUCUAUCUGGUCAACGAUGUAUUACAUCAUUGUGCAAGAAAAAAAUCUAUGGAUCUUCGCAAGGCAAUGGAAAGUGUUGUUGUUCCAAUGUUCUGUAACACUUCACUAGCUGCAUCAGAAGAACAACUUAAUAAAUUAAAUAAGUUAUUAAGUCUAUGGGAGUCAAAAAAUAAUUACUUUGAUGAAGGAAUUAUAGAUAAAUUGAAACAACCAAGUGCAUCUUGGUCUGAAUAUCAGGCCAAUCUAGUUGCACAACAUGCCAGCGCAAUUACUCCGAUCACAACAUCGACAAAACAAACCUUUGAUAAUUAUCAAGCACAACAUCAAGCAUUUGUCACGCAUGCUUUGAGGCAAAUACAAAACAUUGAACAACAAAAGAUAGCAAUCGAUCAACAAUUAAAAGCACCACCUCCACCCCCACCGCAAUUGAAUCAACAGAAUAUGUCUCUGCCACCUAGUCAUUCCGGUCCUCCUACUCCAAUAGGCACAGAUGUAAAUUUCAGUCAACCACCCCCUGGAUGGGGUGUACCUCCUGGAAAUGAACCACCACCAUUUUCGAAUGUUCCAUUACCAGAUUUUUCGAAACCUCCGCCUGGGUUUGGUCCACCGCCUGUUAUACAUGAGCCCUCUGUUGAAGAUUUAAUGCCCAGUAUGCCUUAUUACGAACUUCCUGCUGGUUUGAUGGUACCUUUGAUUAAGUUAGAAGAUGCUGAAUAUAAACCAUUGGACCCAGAAGCUAUAAGACUUCCACCACCUGCUCCUCCAAGCGAACGAUUAGUAGCGGCCGUAGAAGCGUUCUAUGCGCCACCAAAUCACGACUCUCCACGGGACAGUGAUGGAUGGGAAAAAUUAGGUUUAUACGAGUAUUAUAAAGCAAAGAAUGCUGCGCGUAAACGUAAAGAAGAAGACAUAACGGCGGGUAUAAGACAAAAGUCAAAAUCACCGUCACCAAUUUUGAGGCCAAGAUCCAAAAGUCCUAGUCCACCAAAGAAACGAUAUCGAAGUAAAUCCCGAAGUAGAUCGCGCUCAAGAUCGAGGGGUAGAAGCAGAUCUAGAUCUCCCACUGCUAAUCACAGACGCAACAGCCGCAAUAGCAACCAUAACAACAGAAGCAGAAGGAGGAGGAAUAGCAACAAGGAUCGAAGUCCUGACAGGAGAAUGGAUAGGCAAGACCGAAGUCCAACUCCGCCCAGUUUUCUUGGAUCGACUUACAGUAAAGCUCCACAAGAAAUUAGUAUUGAUGAGAGUAAUAAAGGUCAUCAGUUGCUCAAAAAAAUGGGUUGGGGUGGUGCGGGUCUUGGUGCCAAUGAGCAGGGUAUUGAAGCUCCAAUAUCGGGAGGUGAAAUUAGGGAUAAGAACGAUCAAUACAAAGGCGUCGGUAUUAAUCUAAACGAUCCGUAUGAAAACUUUAGGAAAAGUAAAGGUCAAGCAUUUAUUACUAGAAUGAAAGCGAGAGCGGAAGAACGUGCCGAAGAAAGAGGCGAACGGGACUGA